AUGGAUUUGUAUUUUUCAGGCUGCUCUACCCUGCAAGGUCCCAGUGCAGUGAGGGGGCCAAAGGGAGGCUCUUUGACUGUGCAGUGCCAGUACGGCCCAGGGUAUCAGACCUACAUCAAGUGGUGGUGUCAAGGAGCUGAAUGGAGUUCUUGCAAAAUAGUUGUGAAAACCACUGGAUCAGAGCAAGAGGUGAAGAAUGGACAUGCGUCCAUCAGGGACAAUCAUAAAAACCGCAUAUUCACUGUGACCAUGGAGAACCUCAAGGAAGACGAUGAGGACACCUACUGGUAUGGGAUUGAGAGAAUUGGAGUUGACCUCGGAGAGAAGGUUAAGGUGUCAAUUGACCCAGCGCCAACCAUCCCAGAAGAGACCACAAGCUUCCCUCCUAUCAACAGCCACCUUUCUGAUAGCAGGUAUAAGACCAUGUUGCUCAGCAUCAUCCUACCCCUCAUCUUUGCCGUGUUUCUGCUCCUCUUGGUGGCGGCCUCACUCCUGGCUUGGAGGAUGAUGAAGCAACAGAAGAAAGCUGCUGAGACAUCCCCAGAGCAGGACCUGGAGAGGCGGGUCCUGGGAACAACCCUAGGGGAGGAGGACUGGAAGGGAUGGACCCUGGAAGACAUCUUCUAUGCAAACCUGACCCUGCACCAUACUGCCACCUCCCAGGCUUCCUCCAAGAAAAAGGUGUCCGCCAAGUUUACCCCCACUGCCCAGGACCAAGAGAAAGAAGUGGAAUACAUCACCAUGGCCCCCUUGCCGAAGGAGGAGAUUUUCUAUGCUACUCUGUCUUUGGACAACUCAGAUCAGGAGCUGACCUAUAGCAAUAUAGAUCAUUUGAACACUCACUUUCCUAUGGUGAGCCACGAGGAGCCCACAGAAUACAGCAUCAUCACAAAAUCUUAG